CGCCAAUAGAGGCUGCUAAUCUUGAUGAUUUCAUGAAUUUUAGCUUGUACACUUUCUCUAUCCUAAGCCAUCUCUCCAUCAUUCAUGUUCAUACUAUAAAACUACACCUUUUUCUUUUCCCUUCUCAGUUUCCCCAUGCCCAUAGACUAGUUAUCACCAAGAGAACUAAUUCAAUUAUCUCUGAAUUCUGAUCCAUCAUCACUUUCAAGUACCAAGAUUCUUAGUUCUCAACUAUGGGUGGUGACAAGACUGAAAAAGCCACCACAAUGGUGCUAAAGGUUGAUCUUCAAUGCUCAAGCUGCUACAAGAAGGUCAAAAAAGUUCUCUGCAAAUUCCCUCAAAUUCGAGACCAAGUGUAUGAUGAGAAGGCCAAUACUGUUACCAUCACUGUAUUGUGCUGCAGUCCUGAAAAAAUUCGUGACAAAUUGUGUUGCAAAGGUGGGGGAGUAAUCAAGAGCAUUGAGAUCAAAGAGCCCGUGAAGCCCAAGGAACCCGAAAAGCCCAAAGAGCCCGAAAAACCGAAAGUGCCCGAGAAGCCUAAAGAGCCCGAGAAACCAAAAGUGGUCGAGAAGCCUAAAGAGCCCGAGAAGCCCAAAGUGGUAGAGAAGACUAAAGAGCCCGAAAAACCCAAACAACCUGAGAAACCCAAAGAGCCCGAGAAGCCCAAACAACCCGCGAAGCCUAAGGAACCUGAGAAGCCAAAAGAACCAGAGAAACCAAAAGAGCCUGCAAAACCCAAGGAACCAGAAAAGCCCAAAGAACCUGAAAAGCCCAAAGAAGCACCAGUAGCUCCACCGCCACAACCACAACCGCAACCACAACCACAAAAUCCACAUGCUCAAGAGCCGGUGAUCGUGAUGCCAGUUCAAGGAUACCCACAAAUAUCCGCUUCAGGGUAUGGAUACCCACAACAACCCGCUCCGGGUUAUGGUUGCGGGCAAUGUUACGAAAGCUAUACCGGGGGCCCAUGUCAUCAUUGGUAUGGACAACCAGUACAACCACCUCCACCGGCCCCAUGCUACAAUACGUAUUCAUACGGAUAUGGGCCCGGGCCUGGGACAUAUGGGCUCCCAAGAGGCUGUUAUUUGAACAAAUGUGAUUACUUAAGUGAAGAAAAUGCAUCUGGAUGCUCAAUUAUGUGAUGUGACGAGAGGUGAUCCGUCAUAUUGGGUUUGGGCCCAUAUUACCUUUUAAUAGGGCCUCCUCUCCAAAAGUCCACAACAAGUUUGGAUCUAUCCGGCUAUCUUUUUGUGUGUCAUUAUUAUUACUAUUAUAGAUAGACAAACAAUGCAUAAAAGAAAAGUUGAUAAGAGAGAAUAAUUUGGUGACCAGGUUACUGGUUAAGUUGUCUUGUUACAUAAUUCCAUAAAAAGUUUAUUAAUAAAAAAGCAAUUUGUUGAUCA